AUGGGCAAGGCUAAGCAGGCUGUUGUGAAAAUGGACGGAGAUCUCAGGAAGGAUUUGAAGGAUGUUAAAGAUAAGAUUAAAAAUGGGUUAGAUAAUGUUAUUGAGAAGUUGGGAGUGAAGGCUUUGGAUACGAAAGUGAAGGGUGAUUUGGGGACGUUGAAGGGGAAGAUUAGUGAUGUGACUAAAGAUGUAUAUAGGGAUACGGCUGAUCAGGGCCUUCUGAGUGGGCAGUUGAAGGGUCUCCAGGCGGGGAAGACGGCGCUUGAAUUGGUUACUAAGCCAAUUGAGACGCAGACUGGAAAGCUUGAAGAAAACUUUAAGAAUAAUAUCCAAGAGCCGCUUAACGAUGCGGUCACUGCAGUUGACCAGGCGAUUGUGGCGCUUGGCGAUACAUUUACGUUGCAAGAUCCGGAUAAAAAGAAAUUGGAAAAGAUUUUCGUGCAUAUUAAAGAAGAAGUUGGGAAGAUUAAGGGGAAUACAGGAAACGGAGAGUGGAAUAAUGCAGGCGGCUCAGGCCUGCAGGGAAUUAAGUCCAAGGUGCAGAGUUAUUUUAAUGCGUUCAACGGGAGUGCCGAGGGAACAUUUAACAAAAGAGUCCGAGGCUGGCUGGAUGCGAUUUGGGGGAAGAAGCCAGAACAGGAGCAGAAUAGUAAUCUUCAAGCGUGGCUUAAGGAAUGGAUUAGGGUGAAGGGUGUGGAUUCGUUGAAGGUGCAUUUGAAGGUUGCGGGUAACGAGCCAAUUAAUGAAUUCCGUGAUCAAAUUGUCAACGCCAUUACUUCCCAUUUUCAAAACGCCGAAACAGAAACCGAAGGAAAGGUUAAAGCAGUAAAAAAUGACAGCAUUCAAAAUAGCAUCGCAGCCGUCAAAGCAGGGUGCGAGCAUUUUGUCAGUAAGCUUGAUGCGGAAUUCAAUAUGCAGAAGAUUGAAAAGCUUGCCGAGGAGAUAGCCAAGGAGGUUGCGAGUGCGGUUGGAAGUAAACUACAAGGUGGUGUCAAUAUAGAGCAGAAAGACAUUAUACCACUGGUCGAAUCUACCCUCAUUGCGCUCCGCUCAACGGUCCACCAGGUGGCCGACGAACUGAAUUCAGUGCUGCUCGCCGGCAGCACAGAAAACAGCAUCGCUGGCAUCUUGGACAAGAUCACGCCGAUUGCUGAGAAACUUGACCGUCAGUUUAACCAGGCGACCAGCAAAUCCGUCCCUCCCGGCAAAGAUGAAAGCCCCGCCCAAGCCGUGGAAAGUAGGUUUAAGGAAGCGAAGGAUCAGGUUGAGGGUCGAGGAGGUGGAGAGAGCAGCCCGACGGUGGAGGUGAGUGGAGGAGGUGAGGGAGGAAGGGAGCGACAGCGACCAGUGAAAGAGGGAGGUGAGUGA